AUGCUGAAGCUAAACACCACCCAAAGCGACACAGAAACUACGAUGCAAUGUUACACUAGAUUACCAUUACAUUAUAGCGGCCUGUUCAAGAUAGGAUCAAUGUUGGUUGAGCAUACCAAUGCAAAUCCAAUACGUAACUUUUAUCACUCCACAGUGGCGACGGGAUUAGGGCGUCAUUGGCUGGUGAAUGUGUUAAUAGGUUGGCCGAAAUCAAUAACGGCUUUGGAGCAUGGGGCGUUUUGCCAUUUGGACGGUGAGAUGCUACCAGGCACCAGUCCCAAGGAUGUCGUAUUACUUCCGAGGAUCAAGUCGGUGGUGCAGUUGUGUCAUUCUUCGUGGAUACCUGCAACAGUGGAGAAUGUAAUUUCAGUGCACGGUCGCGGGCAGGUCGUGCAUAGGAAAUUGCGGUGCAAUAUCCUAACAGACGAAAUGGAACUUAUGAUCACGGUUAUGCACCGGGAAUGGGACCCACUGGUAGGUAAUCCUCUGCAUCAGAGUUCUUCAGCACUGACGGUUUGUGUCUGCGCAGGAGCUGGAAUUCGUGGAAUUCGAGACAGUGUACGUGGCGGACAGGCACAGCGGUACAAACAACCACCCGGUCUUGGGCUGAGAGCAAUAGUCCGCAUUGCAAUAUUUGGAAUGGCUCACAUUCCCGUGGUGAGCCUCUCCUGCACACGAACUGUCACCGUUGCGAGUGUCAUUGAUGGAGAACGAAUCCUCAAUGUUGGAAGUGUCUCUCGAAUUGUCCAUCCUGUGAGUGAAACCAUGUCAAUGAUGGUGAUGUUGGAUGGCGGGACGACUUACUUUGGUGUUUUAUCUGCUGUACAGAUCAUCCGGUGGCAAUUGGUGACGUGGUGUUUGGCAGUGGAGUUCAUGGAUUCGAGAUCAUCACGAUCCCGGAUGGUUGUCACAACACGAAUGUCACAUGGGUGA